UUCUUCUUCUUCUUCUUCUUCUUCAUUCUCCCUCUACACUCUCACUCUCUCACUCCCUCUCUCUGUUCACCUUGUCGGUUCCGGCUGUAUGGUUUAUUGUUGCGUCAGAGCCAAAGAGAGCCAGCGAGAAGCAUGCCGGGGGAGAGCUCUCACAGAUCUGUCCCCACCGACAAACAUCCAGAGCAGGGAGCUGAGGAGACGGGGCUCCCUGGACCAGACAUGACCAGACACCCGUCUACUGACUCCACCCCUAGUGACAGUGGCUCCUCCCCUAGUGACAGUGGCUCCUCCCCUAGUGACAGUGGUUCCAGUCCUUCUCCCAGUACACCUCAGAAGCUACUCCCAGCAUGCACCUCUCCAUUUGGACCACGGCUAUUUCAUGCAACUCCUAGCUCCUCUGGUAAUCCAAGACCUCAACCUGAAGGCUCUGACCAUCGCAUCAACACCCCCAGACUGUCUGGAAAGUUAGGUGGUCAUGGACCAUGCGGCCGCCACGUCCCUGUUAAGAUGGAGAGAAUCAAGGUCCUGACUGGUUCUGAGGUGGAGAGUGACUAUCAAGAGCCACAGACCAUGGACACACGGGUGGUGAUGGGUCAAGAGACGCUGCUCAAAACAACGGAGCUACGGAAAAGGAAACCCCUGGUCGAGCCAAUAAGUGGUCAGGCUAUCCCUUUGCCAGCAGUUCCGACCUUUUCAGGUCCCCAGUCACAAGCAAAAGAGACCCAGCUGGAAACCAGCAAAGAGGAAAACCAAGCCCAAAGCCCACAGAAACAGCAGGAUCAGCAAAAACACCCUGUGCCGCCUCCAAAUACGCUCCCUUCCCCUCUUCAAAACCCCCAAUUCCCCUCCUCCCCAGAGCCAGUCACAACAGGUGACACUAUGAAAGACAACCAGGAAGAGGUUCAAACCCUUUCACCAGAUGAAGUGCCUUCCCUUUCUUUUUCUGAGCUGGGCUGUCCAGUGGCUUUGUCCUUCUCUGAACCAGCCUAUGCUGUUGACCCUCUGAGAGUGGGUGUACCCUCAUCUCUUGACCCUGACUUGUACUAUACCGCCCCUUCCACCCCUAUCAAGAUGGCUUCCCGUUCUUCGCACCUUAAACAUCACUCAUAUCCAGGCUCUCCAGCCUGCCCACUCUCCCCUGGCUCUCCCUCAGACAGCGAGGACCUCUGUUCCCCUCUCACCUCUCCUUCUGGCUCUUAUAUCACAGCGGAAGGAGGCAGCUGGACCUCCUCUUACACAUCUUCAACCUCCCCUUCAACGUCUCCCAACCUGCUCCUCACUGAAGAAGCGCAGGAGGCCCCUGCUUGCUUUGUGGGCUCCUUAUCAGAGAUUGGAGAUGAAGUUGCGGAGGAAAAGGGACGAGCAGGUCCAGAACGGGAGGAGGAAAGGCCAGGAGACUUCUGCCUGUACCGUCCUGAUGAUUUUAUCACAAAUUCACGGAUGGGUCUAACAGGGACAGUGAUCCUUGAAGAGGAUGAGGUCCUAAAAGGGGAAGAGAUCAAGAUUUCCAGAGAAAGUUGUCGUCCUUGCUGGGUAACUGAAGAUACAUCCCCCCAAAGGAGCAGUAGCAGCCAUAGCAGUGAUUCCCAGGAGGAUGGUGGAGAGUCUGAAAGCUCACUCUGCCCACUGGAAGAGGCUGGUGCAGGGAGAGCACAGUACUCUAGACCCAUGCAGACAGGCCUGAAACUGCAACUGGAGGCAUGUGUAUCAGAGGAACUUUAUGCACAGAUGGAUGACCACCCAGAACUACCCUCAACUGCUUUGACUCCCGACACAGAGAGCAUGACCAUGGCCUCAUCUAGCCUUAGCCCUGACUCACCUGUCAGCCCCCUGGAUGCCUUCUGUCCAGGAGCCUUUGGUAGGCUCGGCCCCAGUUCUUUCUUGUUCUCCCAGGCAGCCUGUGCUGAUGAUAUACCUGAGGAGGAAAGGAUGAUCCCUGCCUCCCUCAUCUCCUUUCCCCUCCACACCAGCCUCAUCUUUAAGGCUGAUUCAAUGGAAAUCACCCUCUUCCCCACAGAGGAUGAGAAUGAUAUAGGAGAGGAUAAUGACAGAAAUGAAGAAAAGAAUGUUAAUGCUUAUGCAGCUGGAGAGGAGGAGGCAGAUGUCGAAGAUGACGAUGAUGAGGAGGACGACGAUGAUGAUGAAUAUGAUUACGACGAUGAUGGUGACGGCAAUGCUAAUGGUGCAAUUGGUGCUGCCGAUGGUGAUGAAAAUAACCAAGAAGAUGAAAAUGGUGACCAAGAACAGGCAGGUGAGGAAGCUAAGGUAGAGGUGAAAGUGGUAGAAGAGGGGGAAGAAGAAGAGCAAGAAGAGGAUGAUGAGGGGUGUCAUCGUAAAGCAGUGCAAGAUCCUACAGAGGAGGACAGCUCAGCAUCCUUCCUUCAUUCACUUUCAGAGACAUCUAUCAACGAGGGGUUGGACGAAUCCUUCUGUUUCCAAGACGAUACAGAUGAUUCAUUAGAUUCUGCCUCCUAUAAUGGGGAGGAAGAUGAACGUCUGUACAGCACUGAGAGGCAUGCACAAUCACUAGAACCCACACCAUUUGAUGCUCUUGAAGUCCAAACAGAACCUGAACAGGGGGCUACCAUUGGAACAGGUGAAACCGAACCUUUGCACACACAAACAAGCACAGAAAAACGUGUGGAUGAAACAGAAACCACCUGUCUUUCUGAAGCCAUUGCUGUCCACCAACAAGACAUUGAUGUAGGGCCCAAAAAUCUGGAUGAACCUACGCCCCCUGAACACCAGUCAGACAUUGAACUGAAAUCUACCACUGGAACCAGUGAGACAAAACCUUUGCACAUGCAAGUGAGCACAGACAAACCAGUGGAUCAUCAGAAACCAUCUGGUUCUUCGGAAGCAACUCCUUGUCAACCAGAGUCCUCCAGCAACCUGGAUGAGAGUGGGAGUGAGAGUGAGAUGAUGGAUAUCUCUGCUUCUUCCAACCCUCUUGAGCAGCCUAAAGACAGCCCUCAUUUGAACCCCUCCACCACUCCUGUUGUCAUUAGUGCUCCGCCCGACCCUGCUGCUGAGUUCCACUCCUCUCCUCCUCCUGAUCCUCCUGCACAGGAGAUAACAGACCUUAACAGUUCAGUUCUUCGAGAAGAACUGGCUGAAGACAAUCCCCAGACCAAUGAUGAUGAUUUACAGGAGAGCAAUGAUUAUUCAGGGGAGGAAACCACAGAAGAACCAGAAAGAGACUCUUUCAAAUUGCUCAUCAAGCCUCGUCAUUAUCAGCCAGAAAGCCACAAGACUGUAGGAGCAAGUAGACGUGUAUUAUCCAAGUCUUUCUAUAAUAAAUCUGAUGCGCCAGGAGGGGCAGAGGCCAUAUGUAGGACCAGUAUUUGCAGGGAGUCUGACAUUGAGCUUGACAAGAGGAACGGGAAUGCCUCAGCUGAGAGUAGAAGCAUUGAUUCUGCCACCAAUGACUUGAAUAAAGGUGUUCUUCUUCUCUCCUGCCCCAAAGACCCUAGUCCCAACCCCAGUAAUAUCCCUGUCUCUGCCUCCCCAGAGGUCAUCUCAGAACUUGCUGACAAUCUGGCUCUGACCCCUGACCACUGCCCUAGUGACUCAACCCAAGAGAAUCUGAGAGAAAACACCCUGACCACCGAUGAGGGCGUCCUGGGAGCUGUUGGAUCCCCACACUCCCCCCUUGCCAUCUCACCCAAACGAGAAAACUCAGAAACAGACAGCAGGGGAGGGAGCAGGGAGAUACGUCCUGGAGCUGGGGCGUGGUGUGAUGACAGAAUGGGGCUGGGGUUUGGUCUAGGAUUAGGAUCAGGGGCUGACUUUGGUGUCUGGGGAGCGGGCGAAUCCCUCUCCUUGUCUCUGGGGAAGAGGUACGAGUUAGAGGCAGAGGGUCUGCUCAUGUGUGACACAGAAGGGCAGAGCACAGAGACAGCCAUGGUUCCUAACAUGAGCAGUGAAGUGUGUGAGAACUACGACAAUGUUCUGGGCUCUGUUCUGGAUGAGGAAGACAACAACAGUCUGUGUGGAAAGAGGGACGGGAUGGCGGAUGAAGAACUGGUGGGAGAGGGAGCUUCUGAGUCCAACUUGGCUUGUUGGAGGUCCAUUGAGGAGAUCUCAGAAGCAGGAGGAGGAGAGGAUGGAAGCUCCAGAUUCCCAGAGGAUGAUGUCAGUAAUCUAAAUCCAGACAAUGAGGGAGAUAACACAGAAACACUAAUACAAGACACUUGGAAGAAUUCUAACAAUAACAAUGACUCUGCCUUUAACUCAUUGGAAGUGGCCAUGUGUGGAAGUCUGAAUGCUCUAUCAGAGGAAGUGAGACCCCAGAGUGUGAGUCUUAGUGUUAGAGAGUCUGUGUCUAAUAUUCCACUUGAGGAGAUAGCACCUCAAGUUUCUGACACAUUUCCCGAUAAAGGGAAACAAGAAGACAGCUCGGUAAACCAGGCGUCAGAAACAACACAGGCAUCAUCCUCAGAGAAAGAUGUCUGUAGUGUGGACAAAGCUGGAACAACCCAGCAUGUCAGUUCACCAGAUAAAGCCAAGUCAAGACAUCAUACUAGUCCAGAGUGUCAGACAAUCACUCCAGAGAGUAACACAGCAUUUUCUUUGCUGCACGGGUCCUUUGGUUCCUUUACUCCUAAAUGUAGAACAAGUAGGGCUUGUCAAGACAAGAUGGAAAACGCUGCUUCUCAUUUAGAGCCAGAGAUGGUGGAGCCGCAGACUGAAGGCCAAAGAAAAGGUGUUGUCAGUCCUGUGACUGACAGACAUGUUGAUGAACCAAAGACUAAAGAUGCCUUUACAGGACAGCAGCGUGUCGUUUGUAACUCAGGGGAAGAAGAUGAAGGAGUAGAUAUUAAAGGGAAAGCAAAGAAGAGAGGUGAAGAGAAAGAUGAGGACAAAAAGGAAAGAAAAACCUCUCCUGCACAUAUUGGCGCAGAGCACUUUGCGUGUCACAUGCCGAAAGGGGAACUUUGCACAGAUAAACCGAUUGCUGCUAAGAAAGGGAGGAGAGGGAAGCAGAACAAACACAGGGCAUCCCAGACAGGCAGCCAUGCUGACUCUAGCCCUGAAUCUGUUGAUGAGCCAAAGAAACCUGCUGUCCCAUUAAAUACAACAGCAGAUGGGUGGUCAAAGGGGGUUGCAGACAAUUCUAACACCAAGACAGGCCGAAAGGUAAACAACAAAGCUUCAUCGUCGGACUCUCAACAGAGGAAGUCUAGGGCAGACAAAGCUGAACAUGGUGCACUAAUGCAGGGGGAAAAACCCCCCAGUUCUGAUGUCAAAAACCCUAGCCAUGGAUACCGCACAUCUACCACGCACAACCCAGAAAACCUUAAUGUUGUGCUGGCAACGAACCAGAACUUGCAUCAGAAACAGGAAGUACUUGAUAAUAGACCAUUAUCUGAUAGUCAGAGAGGAAUCACAGUGGAUAUUAAUGACAACAACAUAGAUACUGGCCACCACCCAACAACCCAUGAUGCCACAUCAUACUCCCUGACUCCUCCGUCUUCCUCACCAUCUCCUGUUUCCUCUUCCUCCCCUCUACCAUGUGCCUCAGCAGAGCCAGAGGACGAUCUUCCCACACCUGUGCAAGAAUCCCAACCUGUCCUCUCAGCCCAGCAGCAGCCUUCAUUGUCCAUAUGCCGCACCGCCCCUACGCUUUGCUCUACCUCCCCCACAACACAACAAGCCCCUGAUUCACAAUUUAAUCCAAACAACAACCUCAAAGAGGUCACUGUUGUCCUUUCUGCAUCGACUACAUCCACCACAAGUGUCUCUUCGCCCUCAUUCUCCACUGCCAUGCCGCUAAGCCUGUCCCAGCCAACCCAGGAGUCAUCUUCACCUGCGCUUGAAGCUGUAGAUUCAGCAUGUGUUUCAGACUCUGUUUCCCGUCCCCAGUCUCAGCCUAAUCUCAACAUCCAGCCGCACAAACAAAUCAAGCAAAGUUGCACGUGGAGCACACAAGACAGGUGCAGAGGUCCCAGUUUGGCUGAGGAGGAGACAGACAGUGAUGAUGAUGGUGGACUGCCUCGACAUGGUCACAGAUCCCAGCCCCGAGGGCUCACAGGAAACAGAAAUGGAGCCGUGCAGAGAGAGUCUGGUCCAUCAAAUCAACGGGAAAUACUGCCUUUCUCUGCUCAUCAAAUAUCCGACAGACAGUCAGGCUGUCCAAUCAACCACAGUCACAAGAUUGCAGAGGAGAUCGACCUUUCCUUCAAAAACAACUGUUCCAUAUUGGCUUCCUGUAAUGAGUCUGAGAGUGAGGGCUCAGUGCCGGAGCUGGAGGAGCCGGAGCCACUGAGACCAUCAGAGCCCCAGUCUAUCUCAUUUACAGAUGAAGGGCUAAACAGACCAAAACAGAGCCGCAGUGAGAAGAAAGCCCGCAAGGCCAUGUCUAAACUGGGUCUGAAGCCAGUCCAUGGUGUGACCAGGAUCACCAUCAGGAAGUCCAAGAGUAUCUUGUUUGUCAUCAGCAGACCAGAUGUGUUCAAAAGCCCCGCGUCUGACAUUUACAUCGUUUUUGGAGAGGCGAAGAUUGAGGACCUAUCUCAGCAGGCUCACAAAGCAGCUGCAGAGAAAUUCAAGGUGCCUGUGACCUCAUCCCCCUUGACCCCCCCUGUCCCACCCAGCCUCACCAUCAAGGAAGAGAGUGAAGAGGAGGAAGAAGAGGUGGACGAGGGAGGUCUUGAGCAGAGGGACAUUGAGCUGGUGAUGGCUCAGGCCAACGUGUCACGAGCCAAGGCCGUCCGCGCACUGAAACACAACAAGAAUGACAUUGUGAAUGCUAUCAUGGAGCUGACCAUGUGAGUGGUGAGGACUAUUUGACCCCUGACCCCCUCCUCCAGCCUAUAAAGCCUAAAUGCCACUGACUCUUCUGUAUCGCUGCUACUGUAUGUUGCAUCCCCAAUAUCUGCUAAAUAAAGUCUGUUCCAGCGUG